AUGUCAUCAUCUUCUCUUACUUACACAUCUGCACUCGGUGGUUCUUUGUCUAGAAGCACCACUCCCGAACCACAAAUCGUGGCUUGGUUAACUAAUCCUUGCAUUCCUGCUGCCGGAGGCAGGGUUAACUCUAGUCCAUCUGAACCAUCCGACCUAGCAGCAAGCAUGAGUCUAUCAGCAGAUGGUCUGACAAAUCAAGAAAAAGAGAUUGAUGACCAGAAUACCCAUAUCAAACAUCCAUACUUGAUCAACAAAGCUCUGGACAGUCAGGUUAAGACCAAGGUCUAUAUUAAGGCGCUUUUGGCUAAAAUACGUGAAGGAACAGUAGAAGUGAAUGCAAACAAUGGCACCAUCAGUGGUGUUCUUGUAACUGUGGGAUAUCUUGCUAGAGUGGAGGAUUUUGAUGAGUUUGAGCAUGUUGAUAUGUUAUACAACACCUUAUCACUAGACAAAGUAGAAGCUCUAGAAGAUCUUGUUAUCAUUGGUCCACCUGGCCUCGUGAAGGGCGUUGGUGCUACUGUUUAUGUCUAA